AUGGAUAUUAACGAUGUUACGUUUUGUCCUAUCAAUUCCAACUAUGUGACCGCUAACUGUACUGAUGGCAAUACAUAUGUCUGGGACUAUCGCAAACAUAACGACUUUAUCCUCAAACUCCCACAUGGUGAUCCCCUCAAUCAAACAGAUGAGAGGUUAACAAGGGAGCAAGCAGAUGUCGGGGUGACAGUGGCAUUAUCAUCCGAGGAUGCUUUGGUUGAGGAUACGCACAGCUUCAAAGAGGAGAUUGCGCGUGCUGCCUUCUCAGAUGAUAAAUCCAACCUUUUGGUUGGAGAUGCUGCCGGAGGCAUCCAUGUCCUGUCGCCAGGGCCAUUUUCUAAUACGGACGACCUGUCCUUUACGUUCAAACGUGCCCCUCAAUUGCCUUUUGACCACCACGAGCCAGACUCAGAGUCCGGUGUUAAAGCUGCGCGGAAAUUAUUAUCGUCUGGUCAGCUUGUUCAACACCCUGUAUUUGGGGCUGGACAAGGGCCUCGCUAUUCUGGACCUUUUGCAACCUGGGCUCGGCCUGAAGGUACACCUUUUGACCAGAUUGCGAAAACCCAGCUUAAAAGGGAGCUGCAAAUACGCCAACUUGAUUGGAUUCCUGUGCAAUCUCGGGAUGUGCUAGAUGAACAAUCUCGGAGAGAAGUUGAGGCUCAAAUCCAACUCGCCCGGAUCCGAAAUCAACGCCAGAACGAAUACAAAAGAAAAAGAGCAGAGCCGUCAAACACAAAAGCAUUAGCUUCCUUUGACGACAACUUCAUUGACUUGUGCAGUGAUGAAGAUGCUAAGCCUUGUCCUUCAGCAGUCUUUCACAACGUACAGCCAGAGAUCAUCGACCUUACUGGUGAUACAGAUACCGAGGAAUUUGCAGAUCCGUCGACCGAUGCGCAGCUCCAAGGUGUUACUCGCUGUCCUGAACCUAAUAAGGUCCCCUUACGUGGUGGUGAUACUCUCCUUCAAGAACUGGAGGAAGAGCUAGAUGAAGAUUUUUGGUGGCCAUCGAGUAGAUAUGUUGACCCGAAUAUCCAAGAUGUCACUGUUUAG